AUCCAAGGGUUCUGAAGAGAAGUGGUAAAUUCAGUGCAGCUUUUGACUGAGCUCUGGACACACAACUUUAGCCAUGAAGGUUACAGGCAUCUUUCUUCUCAUUGCCUUGGCCCUGUUGAGUUUAUCUGGCAACGCUAGAGCUGACACCCUGGAAAGAGAGGCUAUAUGUAGGAAUCAUGUUAACGGAUGUACCAAGAUCUAUAACCCUGUCUGUGGGACUGAUGGAAAUACAUAUCCUAAUGAAUGCGAGUUGUGCAUGGAAAAUAAGAAGCACCAGAGUCCAAUCCUCAUUAAAAAAUCUGGGCCUUGCUGAGAACCAAGGUUCUGAAAUUCUGUGAGGUCACCAUGAUGCCCAGCUGAUUGUUGAAUAAAAUGCAUCUAAAUA